AUGCACCUUCGUCGAAAGAUACCGACCUCACGUUUUAAUGAGAAUGUUUUUUCUCCCAGACAAGGAGGAUACAGAACUCCGGGACGAUCACAACUUGCUAAUGUUUCGUCAUUAGCUCAGAGCAUGACGUACUCUUUUGCUGGAAGUGGGUCUGCUGAGAGAUAUCAUUCUCUACAAGAUUAUGGUAAUCCAAUGCCUGUAUUGAUCUCGGAGGCUCUUAACAUUACAGAGAAAUUGAUAGAAUAUACAGUUAAAAUCAAUCCGUCCGGUUGGGCAUGGUUAGUUGGAGGCCGUAAGCUGUUCAUAUGGCGAUACAACCAAAGCAGUCAUGAGAAGAGUUCUCGUAUUGUGAAAGAAUUGACUCUUCCCCCAAGUGAUUUAGCCCAUGAUGCAAACCGUGUCUGCGUCAUCCCUAGUCCACGGGAAUCUCAGCAAGCAGCUUGUGUAGCUGUUUCUCCAGAAGGUGUUGUUCGCUAUUGGUCAAGUAUUGCCCAUGAGGCUGCAUUUGUUGAAAUAAGUGCUGAAUUAAAGGGUGAAGAAUGUGCCUGUGUGGUCAAUCUGCAACCAUAUGGAUGUAUCUUAGCAACAACAACCAGUUCUUUUGUUUUGCUCACUCCUGUUGCUGGACAAAAUUCAAUAACUUGUCACAUGAUUAGAGCAUCACAAGGAAUGUUAGCUGGAAUCACACGGAAAAUGUCUUCUUUCAUAUUUGGCUCAUCACCAGCACAAGCAUCGGGUGCGGCACUUCAUGCUUUAGUCGCAAGUGAUGAUGGUUAUGAAUCUGCAGAAGACCGAUUUUUCUAUGUUCUUUCUGGUUCUGUCAUGCAAAAAUGGUCUGUAUCUUCAAGUAAUACAGAAAUGCUGUUGUAUCAAUCCAACGUUCAAAGAUUAUUCCGGACUCAUCUUGCUAAAAAGAUUUGGAAUCAAGAUGUUGCAAGACUUCCACAGCUAAACACAUGGCUUUUAGACAUGCAGCUUACUUCUGAUGGUGUUGUUAUUUUGGCAGCUGCAAUGAAUACUGAGGUGGGCAAUACAGUUUAUUAUGCUAUUGGUGUGGUAAACCUUCAGGAGUUGAGUGAUGAUGUGGAUUUGGAGUCAGUAAUAAUUCUUGAACAUGUUGAGACUUGGCAGGAUUCUAAUGAAGAUACCAUAUUGGGAUAUCAUCUUCUUGUUGCUGAUGCAGAAGGAGAUGAGGCUAUGGUUUACAACAAAACACAUGUACAUUGCAUUUCAUUGGACGGUAAUUUCCCAUCUGAAAGUGUUGAUUUCAGCCGACUUGGGGAUCGAAUACUUGGUGUUGGUAAAUUCAUUUCAAAUCCACUACUGUUUUCUGCCCAUAGAGGAAUCCUGCUUGUCUCACAUGUUUCUAAUCAACAGAAACUGAGUGUUGGUGACACAGAAGGAAUUCUUGAUAUGGAGGAGACAGUUGGUGACAGUGAUUCUACUCAGAGCAUCUUCACUUCAGCAUUUGUAGCUUUUUGCCAUAAAAAAUCGAAAAGAGCUGAGGAGUUACUAAUAAAAAUAUUUCCAACACAAAUGAAUCAAGAUUUUGGAAUAAAUACAGAAACUGCUAAAACUCUACCUGCUCAAUCAACAGAGCUUGACCAAAUCGUAGCUCAGACCAGCCUGUCUAUUAUUGAUGAUUAUCCCUCAGCAGACCCACGGUGGGCAGAAUCAAAAAAUGCCACACCAGAUCUGGGGUACAAAAGCUCAAAUUUAAUUUUGAAGCAGUUAGAGAAGAAACUGAAUUUGCAUGAGAUGUUCAAUAAAUUUUUAAGAUAUUUCAACCUAACUGAUAAGUUGAAUUCUAUUCCUGUUCGUGAUGUUGUUAUGGAUACAGCUAUGUUCAUGUGUGAAAAUGCUGAAAAGGUUGCUGCCAUGAUUGCUCUUCGAAGUAGUGAGCAAGAUUACAAAUUUUUGGAAGAGAUGUCUCUAUUGCCAACGAUAAUCAAGCGAAUUGUUGACAAACGUGGAGAAGCCAAUCACUCCAUGAACCUCACACAUUUGGACUUGUUUUACCGAGAGGUGUCUGGUGUUCAAGAUAUCUUCACUGAGUGUUUAGAGUAUGAGAACGACAACCUCACUGCUGAUAUGAAUCCCAAACAUAUUGUAAACCUUAUUGUUACAAUGAAUGACCUCAUCCUGUAUGUUUUGCGACAAGCUUUGCAAUACCGUUUAAAUAAACGCAAUUAUUAUGCCCGCUUCUCUGAGACGUUCAUUCAGACGGAGUACAUCCCUUGGACCUGUUCUAUUGGACGAAUGGGCAUGAGAGCUUUACUAAAGAAACAGUGUUCCAUGACACUUGAACAGGGUAUCAUCAAUGCUCAGGAUCACAAUUAUCAAGCAACACUCUUCAAUCAGCUGACCGACUUGGCUGACAUUCUCCUUGAUGGCUACAGUGCUCAGCUGACCUCUUUGGAAGUCUAUGAUAACAAAAGUUCUCGAUAUAAUCAGCUGUGUAAAAUGUAUGACGAGGACAGGGCUACACUUAUCUCAAUGUUAAUGGAACAUAAAGAAUAUGAGAAAGCUGCAUCCUUAGCAGAAAAAUAUUAUGAUUUCACUACAUUAGCCAAAGUGUGUGAUAUUACAGAGGAUGAAGACAGACUACAGAGAUACUGCAAUAUUUUUGCACAUAAAGGUUUCCGUGAGAGUAUGUACCAUUAUUACUUGAGAACUGGUAAAAGAGGCAAGUUGUUGACCAUGCCACUGACUGUUGAACUGAGUCUUGUCUUAAGCAAAUGCAAAUCCCUCAGUUGGCUGAUGGAUAUUGAAUCCCAAGAUUAUUUUUCAGCUUAUGAAACAUUAUUUUCUUUGGCUCUUGAAGAAAAAAAAUUUGUAUCAAGGAAAAAGACUGUAUUGGCCAUGGCAAAACUUUGCUUACUUUCCACUGGGCGUGACAUCAAUGAUCUACUUCCAGCAAUCAACACUGAACAAGAACUGAUUACACAUCAAGAACUCAUUCCUCCUGAAGUAUUGAAUAGCAUGGGAAUGGAUCCUGACAAUAUGCGAGUUCUCCUUCCCCAUGAAAUGAUUGAAUUUUAUAUUCAUGAUGAAAACAUUCAUGCAACAGAAUAUCACUUCAAGAUGGCCUUAGAUUUGUUACCAUUUGUAGCAAAGAAAGAAGCAGAAAUUGAUGUACAGGCUCUUUUCCUUCACAUUUGGUGCAAAGCUGUUUUAAGAAACAAUUGGAGCCAGAGAUUUGAUGAUCCAGUUGAUGACUACAGUCCUAAAUUGUUCUACAAGAUCAUUACUCUGGCUCACAGCCAAUAUGCAGAUAUGAGUGAAAUCUUGCCCAACAAAAAUGUCUUGUUGGCUGCUGAAGAACUUGUCCACUUGCAAUCCGAUGAUAAUUUUGCUUUCCUUAUAGAAACAAUUUAUGAACAAAUAAGCAAUACUAUGUAA